AUGGAACUUCAUCCUUCUACAUUUGCGCUGUCGUACAUGCGCAAUGUGUGGCGAUUCACUGUUAUCACGACGAUUUCAGGGAAAGAAACAGAUGGAGCAGUGAACUGUAGAUCCUCAGUGAAGUUCAACUCGAGAGAUAAUUCUUUGGGAGCUAAUACCUUAGGGAUGGAACAGAAAGUGAGUGACUCUGUAGCAGAAGGUGUUGUCUUCUGUUUGGAGGAAGUCCUAAAGAAAUGCUAUUUAGGAUCUCUUGACCAGAUGGUUGUGGUAUUGAAGAAAUUGACCCAUGGAGCUAUGCUGUCUCCUUUGGAAGCUUCAGAGGAGUUCCGUGAAGGAGUAAUAAGGUGUUUCAGGGCUCUACUGCUUAAUUUAUGUCCUUGUCCUGAUGUAUCCUGUCCGUGCAAACAAAUUGGUGAUUGCCCAGUUAUUCCAGCUGGAAAAGAGUUACAAUUUCUUGAUACGAAAUUAUCGAAAUGUAAUACAGUCUCAGGGGAAUGUUUAUUAGCAUUUCUUCAGUCUGAACCUGCUUCUGCUGCAGUUGGGCACUGGCUCUCUCUUCUGCUGAAGGCAUGUGCUGCAGAUAUUGAGGCAGCACGAGGUCUCCGAGGCAGUCCAAGACUUCGAAUUGAAGCCUUGAUAACACUUCGAGUGCUUGUUGCUAAGGUCGGCACGGUAGAAGCAUUGGCUUUUUAUUUACCAGGUGUUGUCAGUCAAAUGGGAAAAAUAUUGCAUGCAUCGAGAUCAAUGGUUAGUGGGGCGGCUGGAAGUACAGAAGCCUUGGAUCAGGCGAUUAGAGGGUUGACCGAGUAUCUGAUUAUAGCUCUUGAAGAUUUUGCCAGCUCAUCUAUCCCUGGUGUACCAGUGAAUGAAAUUUCUGAUAUCCAUGCAAGAACAGAAAAGCCUCUUGCAUCUAUCCUGGACGAACUUCGUCAACUACCUCUUAAUAACCCAGAAACAAAUGAUGAUGUCAGAGGCCCAACUGAAAAUCAAUCGAGAGGCAUUAUAAUGUCUUGCAGAGAUAAUUCUCUAAAGAGUUCUGAUGUUAAAGAUGGAUCUCUGCGUGUAAAGCGUACGGCAGAUUGGUUGGCAAAUACUACAGCUCAUGUUAGCAAACUAUUGUCUGCAACUUAUCCACAUCUAUGUGUGCAUCCAAGUAGAAAAGUGAGACUGGGACUUUUGGCUUCUGUAAAGACUCUUUUGUCUAAAUGUAGUUACACACUGAAAGAAAGCAGAUUGAUGCUUUUGGAAUGCCUGUGUAUUUUUGUCUGUGACGAUUUCGAAGACGUUUCUUCAGAGGCUUGUGCAUUCUUCAGACUCCUGGGCCAAUCUAAAGCUAAACCUUUACUUAAACAUGAUAUUGCUGAGGUUUUUAGUAGGUUACUUGAAAAACUUCCUCAAGUCAUACUGGGUAAUGAUGAAUCACUUGCACUAUCACAUGCCCGAAAGCUGCUGGCAGUUGCAUAUUUUGGAGGUCCUCAACUCAUUGCAGACCGCGUUCUUAUGUCUCCUGUGUCAGCUGCUCGUUUCUUGGAUAUUUUUUCCCUCUGUUUCAAUCAGAACUCAGUAUAUUCUGGUUCACUCAACAAGCUUGCAGUAGCGAGACCAUCCUUAUCAGGCUUUAUGCAUUCUAUAUCUGAGAUCAAAGCUAUUAUCAGUGCAGAUGACGAAAAUUCCCACUUUUUAGGUUUUCAAAACAGGAAAAACUUGUACACAUCCGAACCAUUAAUGAACGAAUAUGAGCUGCCUAGAAUGCCACCUUGGUUUGUUCAUGAGUGUAGCCAAAAGCUGUACCAGACCCUUGCAGGAAUUCUAAGACUUGUCAGCUUAUACACUUUCGCAGAUUCCGAGACAGAGGGCUCUUAUUCUGGUUUGAUUGAUAUUCUCAUGGGACACCUUCGCGAAUUGACAUCUGAGCUACGAACGAAAGAAUACCGCAAGAACAGCUGGCAGACAUGGUACAGGUGGCCUGGUUCGGGCCGUUUGGUGAGGCAGGCUAGUACUGCUGUAUGCCUUCUGAACGAGUUGAUGUUUGGGCUGUCUGAUCGGGCCGUCAUGUCAUUUGGCAGAAUAUUUGGGUCCAGCCCACAAGAUAAAACCAAAGGCCAAUAUGAAGAUGCAUUGCUAGAAAGUUGGGUUCAUAAGCUCCAUGAAAAGAGAGGUGAAAAAAGGACUCAUUUGAUCGAUUGCAUCGGUGGUAUACUGCAUGAAUAUUUGUCGCCUGAAAUAUGGGAUCUUCCUCUUGGGCCCUCAGCUUCUCUAGAACAAUCCGGAGAAGAUGGGGAUAUAAGCUUGCACUUCUUUAGUGAUAAUGGGAUGCUGCAUCAGGUUAUUAUUGAAGGAAUAGGCAUAUUCAACAUAUGCCUUGGUGAACAAUUUUCAUCAUCUGGAUUUCUUCAUUCGUCACUUUACAUGUUGCUUGAGAAUGUUAUUUGCUCGAAUUUUCAAGUCAAAAGGGCUGCUGAUGCUGUGUUGCAUGCUAUCUCUGCUAUGCAGAACUGUCCAACUGUAGGUCACUUGGUGUUGGCAAACUCCGACUAUAUAAUCGAUUCCGUUUGUAGGCAACUGCGCCACUUGGAUCUUAAUCCACACGUGCCUAAUGUUCUUUCGGCCAUGCUUUCUUAUGUUGGGGUAGCUGAUAAGAUAUUGCCAUUGUUGGAGGAGCCGAUGCAUUCGGUCUCUAUGGAGCUUGAAAUUCUCGGGAGGCAUCGUCACCCGGAUUUAACCUUGCCUUUUUUGAAGGCAGUGGCAGAAAUAGCCAAAGCUUCCAAACGUGAGGCUAAUAAAUUACCCAAUCAAGCCGAGUCAUGCAAGAAGGAUAUCAGUUCGAAAAUUGCGAAUGCAGAGAAGAGAGAAGGAACGCUCUAUGACCGUUCUGAAUCAUAUGCUAAUGAUUCCAUAGACACUGAGAAAAUGGACACUGAUGAGGAAGUUCACCUGAUUGGGUCUGAAAUGCAAGAGGAGGAAUGGGAGAAAGUUAUAUUCAGGUUUAACGAUUCGAAAAGAUACAGACGAAUAGUGGGAUCCAUUGCAGGAUCAUGUCUAAUUGCUGUAACUCCGUUAAUUACUUCAGCUGACCCAGCUGUAUGCUUGACGACACUAAGCGUAAUUGAGGAUGGUAUUAUAGUGCUUGCAAAAGUGGAAGAAGCCUACAAGCAUGAAAGCGAAACGAAAGAGAUGAUCGAACAAGUCAUUGAGUCAUGCUCGUUUCAUAGUCUUAUGGAUACUCUUGGUGCUGUUGAGGAUGAGACGCAGGAGAAUAGAUUGCUUCCUGCAAUGAAUAAAAUUUGGCCGUUCUUGGUUGCUUGCUUCCGGAGUAAAAAUCUAUUGGCCAUCAGGCAGUGCUGCCGCACAAUCGCCAGCAUUAUCCAAAUCUGCGGCGGAGACUUCUUCUCCCGCCGUUUUCAUACCGAUGGGGCCCACAUUUGGAAACACCUAACCACAUCACCUUUCCAGUCGAGAUCCCCCGAAAAGUCCCCUCUAAAGCUCCCUUACAGAAAAAGCUCCUCACAUGCCGAAAAGUCACCAGCCGAGACUUCCAACAUAAAGGUUCAAGCCGCAAUACUCGACAUGAUCUCGGAUUUAGCCGGAAAUAAGAAAAGCGCCUCAUCAUUAGAAGCUGUUUUGAAGAAAGUAAGCGGAAUUGUGGUAGGGAUAGCGUGCAGUGGUGUAAAAGGCCUGCAAGACUCGUGUGUGAACGCCUUGGUGGGAUUAGCUUCGAUCGACCCGGAUUUGAUAUGGCUACUUUUGGCCGAUGUUUAUUACUCAAGGAAGAAAAACGUGCCGCCAUUACCACCUUCUCCCGAGUUCCCGGAGCUGGGUGAAGUUCUCCCUCCACCGGGCUCAUCAAAGGAGUAUCUUUACGUGUUGUAUGGAGGUCAGAGCUUUGGAUUUGACGUCGAUUUUAGUGCCGUGGAGACUGUUUUCGACAGACUUUAUGUGCAGGUUUUCACCUCACAGAUGUACAAAUGA